CUCAAGUUUGUGGCCAAAGGAUGCUUGCCACCUCGCGGGGGGCUGUCCAACCUCCGCGCGCUUCUCAGAGCUCCAGGAUAGGGGUCCUCGGUGCUGAGCCGGGUCAGAGCCCGAUCGGAGGCAGAGGUGGAGGAAACAUUGAAGCGACUUCAGAGCCAGAAAGGAGUACAAGGAAUCAUCGUGGUGAACACUGAAGGCAUUCCCAUCAAGAGCACCAUGGACAAUCCCACCACAACACAGUAUGCCAACCUCAUGCACAACUUCAUCUUGAAGGCGCGGAGCACUGUGCGAGAAAUUGACCCUCAGAAUGACCUCACUUUCCUUCGAAUUCGUUCCAAGAAAAAUGAAAUUAUGGUUGCACCAGAUAAAGACUAUUUCCUGAUUGUGAUUCAGAAUCCAACUGAAUAAGCCAGUCUCUUGGCUCCCUGUAUCAUUCUUUAAUUUAAUGCCCCCCCAUCCCCUAACCCAAGAAUAAUAGUGUUAAUCAUGUCAACUGACUGGCACUUGGAAAUCGCUUUAGAGCCCAAGAAAACCAAUCCAUUGACCAAGAGUGGGCUGGCAGCUCCACCCACCCCACCAAAGGAAUCCCUCUGCUGUUCCAGUUGCCGCAGAGUUCCCAGGAAGGCUCUUUGAUCACUUCCACGCUUUGGAGCAAGAGCUUAUGAGAAGCCCACACCCAGCUUCCUUCUGACCUUCAGUUCACUUUGUCAUCCUUGGGUUUUUUUUUUUUUCUUUAACUAAAAAUAACCAAAACACUUACCCUACUGUUGUGUCUUUAAACACUAGGUUGGAAGGGCUUUCUUCCUGUGUCAUCAUGUGGUCUGAAGAACAAAUCUGUUGGCCUCCUCCAUCCCCUGGUGAUAGAUUGUGUUCAGUCUCCAGGCCUGCUCUUCAUUGUGCUCUGGCCAUAUUUCCUGAAUGUAGAUUGGUGUAUAAUUAGUGCCUUGGUUCGUGGACCUCUUGUCCCUAGAUACACCUUUUAUCACUUCCUACUACUGUCAAUGUUUUUCUAUUACACUGCACUGAGGAAUGGAAGACAGUGAUGUCUAUUGAGUACCCAGAAUGCACCUGGUUUGCCUUAUACAGAAACAUCACCUGUCUCUCUGAAGACAGUGUUAAAUCUCCCAUAGAACUGGAGGUGUGGCUUGAGUGGUAGAGUACCUGCCUAGCAAGUGUAAGGUCCUGAGUUCAGCCCCCAGUUCUACAAAAAAGAAAAAAAAGCCCUCUUAAGAUGAGGAAUUAGGAAUAUGGGAUGAGCUAAGCUGGUGGGCAGGAACAGGGUCACUCCCAAGGACUCACAGCACAGGUCUCUUACACAAAUAGCCCUGCUGUUUCCAUGUUGCCUUUCCCACAAACUGUGGAUGUGUUCAUUUACCCAAGUGAGCUCAUCCUAGGUGACCAUCCGCCCUGCUGAAGCCCUGUGUGCAGGGUCCUCUAUGAGGGUCUCACUUGCCUGCACUCACCAAGGAUCUAGGCCACCCACCAUUGAACAGCACUACUUUUCCUUCAGAAACCACAUGCAUUUGUUUUUUAUUAGACUUUUGUUUUCAAUUUUUGCUUCUCUACAGGGGCACGGCUACGAGUGUUUGGCCUUGGCCUUGUUCACCCAUCUUGCAGUGUCACUUUUGCCCCACUUUGCUGAAGGGUGGGUGAGAUGGGGAGAGAAAAGUUCCUGGUUUACUGACACUACUGUGAACUGACUUCUGGCUCAGCCUGGUAUGUGUCAAAAGCAGAACCUUGGGCUUUGUUUUUCAUGAGUUUUCGAAGAUGUCCCCCUCCUCCCCCUUCCAACUUUUCUUUUGGCCCCGGCUUUUUUCUUUGGCCCCUGAUUCUCAGGGUCCCCUCUGCCCACACCCCCUCUGCUGAUCCAAAGUAAAGCCAAACCAUUUGAUCCAGCAAUACCACUCUUGGGGAUAUACCCAAAA